AUGGGGAGCGGGGCCAGCGCGGAGGACAAGGAGAUGGCCAAGAGGUCCAAGGAGCUGGAGAAGAAGCUCCAGGAGGAUGCGGAUAAGGAGGCCAAGACGAACCGCAUGCACGAAUCCCUGCACCUAUUCAACAGUAUAUGCAACCACAAGUUCUUUGCCGCCACGUCCAUCAUCCUCUUCCUCAACAAGAAGGACCUUUUCGAGGAAAAGAUCAAGAAAGUCCAUCUCAGCAUUUGCUUCCCAGAUUACGACGGUCCCAACACAUUCGAAGACGCAGGAAAUUACAUCAAGACCCAGUUCCUCGAUCUCAACAUGCGAAAGGACGUGAAGGAGAUCUACAGCCACAUGACCUGUGCCACAGACACGCAGAACGUCAAAUUCGUCUUUGAUGCCGUCACGGAUGUCAUCAUCAAAGAGAACCUCAAGGACUGCGGCCUCUUCUGA